UUCGAGCAGAAAUGGCUGCAAAUUUCGAGCGCUGCCACAUUGCAUACCUUUCGUCAAUUUGUGAACAGAGUGAAACGCUAGCUUCAGGCGCAAAAUCGCUUAUCUAACUUGAGGCGCCGGCUGUUGCUGCUGCUUACUAAAACCCAGCCUUUCUACAAGGUUUUGGCCGCGUGUUGCUCGUCAAACCUGUCUCGGAACACCAGCGCUGAUAGAAGUUCUCUUACUUGCAGCAACAACAGCAACAGCAGCAGCAGCAACAGCAACAACAACAGUUGAAUGAUUUGCUCAGUGUCGGAGCCGGAAUGAACCUUUCGCCCGCCCUGCAGCAACUCCAGAAACUACAAUCCCUAGCCGCCCUAGGGGUGACGGCUGGCGGUGCAGCGACCACCAGUGCCGCAACCAAUCCCCUCGUUGCUCAGCAGGAACUCUACAAACUCAACCAGACGCUGCUCAGCCAGUUGUCGGCCUUUCCGGGUGCAUUCUAUCCAGCGGCGGCGGCCGCUGCAGCAGCUGCUGCCGCAACCAUCCCGACAAGCCUUGGCUCACCGCAACCACCACCCCCGGUACCGAACUACAUGUUCGCUAAUCCAAACGCGACCGGUUACGGUGGUCCACUGGGGUCACCGGCCCCCGGUUCCAAACCACCAUCGGCCGAUAGUUCGAGCAAAAACUCACCAACGGCUACCACCUCGGCAGGCGGCCGGUUGAUGGGUGGUGGUGGCUCCUUCAUGAGUGAUAUGGUCAGUGCUGGCCAACGCUCGAACCGCCCGUCGUAUGCCUCCUCCACCUCGACACUGUUCGAUGAGCUCCGGCUAGCGCGAAGUCUGGAGAAGGGCAUGGAAUCGUUGCGGCUUGAUGAUGGUGAUGGAGUGAGUGGAACGAUGAUGGCAAGUGGCAGUGGCAGCAGCAGCAGCAGCCCGUUCAUCAAACCCCUCUCGCAGGUCGGCACACUGACCACGAUCGAUACCGAUGGAAAGGUGAAGGUAAUCGUCCCGAUGAGUGACACCCAGCAAAAGCUUGACAUUCCGGCGGCCAGUGUACCGAGCCGGAAGUCGGCUUCCUUCUCCGAGCUGCCGACCACGAACACCGCCACCAGUAGCAGCACCGGUAGCAGUACCACCGGUACCGGUACCGGGACGACCGGUGGCAGUAGCUCCGCUUCCGGUUCGGGUACGCUCAGCCAGGGCGAGGCAGGCAGUACACGGAAUGUGUCGAUACUGAAGGACUCCACGCGUUUUCUGCACCAACCGCAGCAGCAGCAACAGCAGCACUACGACAAGAAGACAUCCAUUCCGAGCCUGGUCACGCUGAAGGUCACCGACGAAAGUGGUACCGUGACGCGGAAGCUACCGGCCACGCCGAGCUUCAUCACGCGAAGCACCAGCGAGAAGGUGCCAAACCGGAGCCAGAUCAUGAGCCAAGUCCAGCGCUCGCAGUGGGCCCGCCAUACCACCAAGUAGUAGUAGUAGUAGUAAGAGUAGUGUCGAAGCAGAAGUCGAAGCAGACACGCAAGGAGCUCGUUUCGCUAUCACUUCCUCCCCGAAGGGAGUUUUGCGUCCCCGUGCGAAAAAUUCCCCGACGUGUUGAAGAGAUCUGUACAUAUUUAGGAACAAUUUAAAUAAUGACGACGAUGAUGAUGACGAUGAUGAAGAUCGCGAAUUUCCUUAACCCCUCCCCUUCCUUUGCUGUAAUUCUCCCGUUUCCUUUUUUCCCCCUUAAUCUCAAACCCCAGGAUGGUGAUGAUAUUGAUGCUGUUAGUGAAUAAUGAAGGUUAAAUUGUAAUAAAAGUCAU